GGUCAGGGAGGUGGAUGGUGGGGGCUUUUAUAAGUGGCACUGAUGUCAAACAUAACCUAAAAUACUUUGUUUACUUUUGUAAUAUAUACACAUGACACUCAUGUGGACUGUUACCAUAGUGACGAGAAUCCAAACUGGAGGAUAGUUGAACCCGUUGGUUGAACCCUCUCCUGUGGGUGCCUGUAGUUGAACCACUGAAAAUGUCAUCGAAUACAGCAUAUGUUUCGUGAACAGCAUACAGUUUGUCUUUUUUGUAGAAAGAAGUAUUUUCAAAAUAUCACAAGAUGACACUGUAUUUUGAGAAUGCGGUGAGCUUUCCAGAGCCAGAAGCAAUUUCUGUCAGUGGUAUCUGGCACCCAAGUGCUCCAUUACUGGCGGUAUCAAGUUUCUCCCAAGAGCGAGGUGGAUUUGUCAUAAUCUUUGAUGAGCAGGGAGAGUCAUUGAAAGAUGUAACCUACCCUGUUCAUAGGAGUUAUCAAGUAACAGCUUUGGCAUGGCAUCCUGAAAGGACCAUUCUGGCUAGUGGCUGGGAAAAUGGAGAUCUCAAAGUAUGGAAUAAGUCUAACAAGGAAUUUACAAAUGUUGUUGGUCCACACAAAGCUCCUAUCACAUUACUUGAGUUCAGUGAAAAAGGAAACCUACUGGUUUCUUGUGAUUCAACAGGGUCUGUCAUUGGCUGGAAAGUGGAUGGCAAAGGAGAGACGAACCUCUCUUUCCAUCUAGAUGUGAAAGAGUCCAUAACACAUCUGACCUUUCGACUUACUGUCAAAAACAAUGCAGCCUUAGAUGUGGAAGGAUUAGCUAAAGCAGCUGUGAACGGGGAUGACAAUGCACUGGACAUGUUUAGCAAUUGGCGUCCAAAAACUACAGCUAGGAAAUUUAGACUUCAAGAAGGAUCUGAUAAUUUAAACUUCUUUGUUGCCACACAGGCUGGUUCUGUUUAUUAUAUUACUGGUGGGGGAUUGUGUAGUGAAGUGCUUAAUACUGAAGGGGUACCACUGUCUUGUAUCAUCUAUCAUCAAACAAAAGAUUAUCUGAUAGCAAUGAUGGAAGGUUUGACAGUAGGUUAUUUCUCUGUUGACUAUCGAGGACACUUAAAAGAAUUGGCGAAGGUGAAACUUAGUGGUAGAUUACAUACCAGAUCAGUAGGCAGUAAUGGAAUUGUCUGGGCUGGAACUAAUAGUCUGGCAAUACUUACAGGAGACUUAACUGUGCGCAUUUGGGAUAUAGAAACCAAUGAUAACUACGUACUACCCACAUCACUGAAGUUCUAUGAUAGUGAGUACAGUACCGUCAAUGAGAUAUUUACCUGCAUAGCGUACUGCAAACUAAAUCAGACGCUUUGUGCUGGUACAAACAUUGGACGUAUAUAUUUCUGGACGAAAAACCAAGCCUUGGAUGUCGAGAACCCUGAAGACAGCUGGGAAUUGGAUAAUAUCAAUACAAUCAGUGGUACUAUCAAACAGUUGAAAUGGGGUUCACUAUUGUUGAGGGUACCACUUUUGAGUGUGAAUUGUGUCACUGCUGUCUACAUAAUGAAGGAGCAGAACAUAUGCUGCGAUUUUUCGGAGAAAAUUUGGGUUACACAGAAGACUGCAACGCAGGUGUUGCUGGAGACUGAAAAUGGGAAUCAGUUGCUACAGUUGCACGCUCAAUGUACUGGCAUGGCAAUAUCAGAAGAAAUGUUUGCUGUUACUAAUGGCAAAAUCAUCACUGUUUACGAUAUUUGUUGGAAAAAGGCAGAAAAUACUUUGGACGCCAGUAAUAAUAAAGCAAAUGAUGCAGACUUCAACGUUAAAGAAAUCUCCUCGUUCUCCCACGAGAAUGAUGGUAUCAUUAUGUUUCAAAAAACGGUCGUGUCAAUCAACUCAAAGGCGGUAUCUUUGCACACGCAUACCGGCUCCUUGUUAACGUCAUUGACGUCUGGACUGAGUGAAGGAGAACCUAUUGGAAUGGACGUAACCGGGCACUAUUUGACACUAUUUACGAUGGAAGGUUAUUUGAAACUAUAUGACAUCCUGGAAACGCCACCGAAGUUAGUUACCCCUAUUAGGAAUAUGUUUGGAAUGACAAGUGAUUUUGGAGAGGUAAUACAGGCUAAAACCAACUCAUCUGGUACAAAAGUGGCUCUGACACUAGCAGCUGCUAACUUGAUUCCAGAUGGUAAACUGUAUAUUUGGGAUACAGAAUCAGAUGAUCUGAUCUACUACGAUUUCAAAAAAUUUGCUAGUGGAAGUGACACACAUCAAAAAAUGGACGAAAUGAAUGACAUAGAUCAAAUCAGUGCAAAUUAUGAUGAGAUUUGUCGAAAUAGAAUUCCUAUUAAUUUCUUUUGGGAUGUAAAUGAUCCUAGACUCCUUAUGUGUGAUGCUAGAAGGCUCAAGUCAGCAAGCAGUAGAAAAAUUCUCCGUUCCAAAUCAUCUACAGAGGAGAAAAGCCUAAAAGAUGAGGACCACAUAAUCAUAACAAUGUUCAUUUCGUCCGAAAAUGUAAUAAGAAUCCAUGACAUCAAGGCCAUUGAACCAGAUGCGAGAUUGUUGGCAUGUGCUACACCACACAUCGUUACCUUGGAGAAGCUCAGUAUUGUUAGAGAUAUAAUGAGUGAUUUCCUCGGUUUGGAAAAAUGUGAUAAGACUACUAGAAGUGCUGUGUUGGAUUUUAGCUACAAUCUGGCAUUAGGUAAUAUGGAUGGAGCCUUCAAAGCAAUAAAACUUGUGCAAAGUAGUGGUGUGUGGGCUAGCUUAGCAAGAAUGUGCGUGAAAACGAAGAGACUAGAUGUUGCCGGAGUUUGCCUAGGGCAUAUGGGAAACGCCAUGGCUGCUAGAGCUGUACGUUUAGCUAUGUUAGAUGAGACUUUACCUCAUGAAGCCAAGGUAGCAGUGCUGGCUGUGCAUUUGGGAAUGUUGGACGAAGCGGAACAACUAUACAUCCAAUGUGGCAGAUACGAUUUGCAAAACAAACUGUUGCGCAGUAGAAAUCAAAUGGACGCAGCUCAUGCUGUAGCUGAAUCUAAGGACCGGAUCAACUUGAAAAAUACUGAUCAUGCCUGGGCUAGGACGUUGGAGGAAUCUGGCGAUUUAAAGGAAGCGGCGGCUAGAUACGAAAGAGCUAAUACGCAUCUGUACGACGUGCCGAGGAUGUUGAGCGAUCAUCUACAACAGUUACAGGCUUAUAUGAACAAAACUAGAGAUAAGGAAAUGUUAAAAUGGUGGGGACAAUAUUUGGAGUCCCAGGGUGAUAUGGCAGCUGCGCUAAAGGUAUACUCCGACGCAGAUGACAUGUAUUCACAAGUUCGAGUUUUGUGUUUUCUGGGGCAAGAGUCGGUAGCUGCUGAUCUAGCGAGAACCAGCUCUAAUAAGGCAGCGUACUAUCAUAUGGCCAGGUAUUAUGAAACAGUAGGGAACUACGAAGAUGCUGUCCACUUUUUCACUAGGGCUACAGCUUAUUGUAAUGCAGUACGACUGUGCAAGGAGAAUCACAUGAUAGAUGACUUGUGGAAUUUAGGUAUAGUGGUAUCAAAGAGAGAGAAAAUCGAAAUAGCCAAAUAUUUCAAAGACACGGGCGAUCUAGAAAAAGCUGUAGUGUUGUACCACAGAGGCGGUAAUCUUCAUAAAGCAUUAGAUCUGGCAUUCAAAACUCAACAGUACGAUGUACUGCAGGAAAUCGCCACACAGCUAGAUUCCAAAUCUGAUCCUGUAGUGGUCCAAAAAUGCGCAGAAUAUUUCGUUACUAAUGAACAGUUUGAUAAAGCCGUUGAUCUGCUGGCGGUUGCCAAAAAGUAUAAAGAAGCCAUCGAAUUAUGCCUUAAUCACAGUGUUCGCCUUACGGAAGACCUGGUUGAAAAAUUAACUCCCGAGAAAGGCGCAAUUGAUGAAGACACUAGGACCCAGGUUUUGAUCGAUUUGGCUGAGAGCCUGAUGCUACAGGAGGAAUACCAUUUGGCGACGAAGAAGUUUACACAGGCUGGUGACAAGAUUCGGGCGAUGAAGGCUUUAUUGAAAUCCGGAGAUACGAAAAAGAUUAUAUUUUUCGCUGGUCUGUCACGCCAACGAGAGAUUUACAUCAUGGCAGCUAACUAUCUUCAGUCGUUAGAUUGGCAAAAUCAACCAAAGAUACUUCACAACAUCAUCACAUUUUACUCUAAGGCGAAAGCAAUGGAUCUGCUGCCGAAAUUUUAUGUCGCAUGCGCUCAGGUUGAAAUAGAUGAAUUCCAAAAUUACGAAAAAGCGCUUGAGGCGCUUGUUGAAGCUCAAAGAUGUCUGCAGAAAAUCGACAACGCAAAGGAUUCUACGCAUGUACAGAGAGAAGCAGAAAUCGUUCAGCAAAGAUUGAUCAUGGUGAAGAGGUUCGUCGAUAUCAGACGAUUACUUGAUAGAGGAGAUAUAGAGUCAGGUAUAUCCCAGUGUGAGCAACUGCUAAGAGCUGGUGACGAACUGGAAGCGUCUGUGCGACGUGGCGACAUUUACGCCACGAUGGUUCAGUACUCCGUGAAGUACGGCAAAUUUUCUGAGGCGAAGCAGUACUGCUUGGAGCUGCGACAGUUUUUGAACAAGACUAACAGUAGCACACCGAUCACAUAUUAUUUGAGUAAAGAGGUUUUGGAAGCUUUAGCACAGGGUCUGGGCGUGCCUGUCACUCAUCUAGUUCCUGUAGCCCAGAAGAUUCCUUCUGCGAGCGGAAGCAGAGAUAGCCAUGAUGCUGAAACAGUCGAGGAAAUUUUGGAAAAAUAAUGAUCCACGUUGACAGUAACAUGUCGCGAUACUAAUUUUGAUAUUUGAGAUGUCAAAGCUUGUUUAAUACCCGUUUUACCUCAACAAUUUCUUCACGAAUUUAUUUAGAUAGGUUCCUUCAAGGUCAUCCCAAUUAUUAUCUUUUGCGCUGUUUACAUCAAUGAACAAAUUCAUGAACCACCACCAAUGAAUUCUUUUUCUUAUCAACAUUUUGGGUUUUUAUAUAUUGUGAUUUUGAUUUUGAGACGAAUCUCAUAAACAAAAACGUUACUGUUGGAUAUUGUAAUUUUAUCAAACAUCUAUGCUUGAAUUGAAAAGGUUCUAAAUAUAGUGGAAACGACAGCAAGUUUGGUACCAUGGAAUUUGACGUCCAAUUUGGCAAACAUUAGACCAAGUUCUAACUGCGUGAAGAAAUCUUUGAAGAACUUCAUGGAAUUAUUUGACGUCAAAUUCCUGUUUUAUACUUCUAACAUUAGUCUAUGAAGAAAAUCGCGGAUUUAUUGUCAAUGUAAAACGGGUUUAAGCGAAUAUUUUAAUCAUAUACAGGGUGUUUGGUACAUGAACCGACAAAAUUUUUUGGGUAAUUGGGGACGCUAUCUGAUAAUUUUUUAGUGGAAACAGUAAUGCUCCAAGGAUUACGAGGUGUAUUUUGUGUUCGUUUUUAUGCUGAAUUCCCUGAAAUGCCGCAUAAAUAUAACUUUUUUGUUUGUCGAGACGAUAAUACAAAAUAAACGUGGUUGGGUUCUGUAAUGCAUGAUUAAUCAGAACAAAUUUAAAUUUGUGCAGACGUCCUCAAAAAAUGACUGAUGGCCUUUCAAACUCGUAAAAUUGUCAGGAGUGAAUAAACAAUUUGAAAAUCAGAAUUACAAAAAACUAUAAUUUUUUGGAACUUAGCAUUAUUUAUAAAAGUUAUGUGGUUUAUUACCUUACCAGCGAUAUUUUACACAUCGUAGUUUUUCAAGUUUCUAUUUAAUUUCAAUCAGUUACAAUCAGUUUUCGAAGCAGGUAGACUUGGGAAUACAUCUCAUGCAAGUCGAUUUAAAGUUAUAGCGUCCAAUGCAUUUCGUGUCUGUCGUAAUACUGUGACAAAUAGGGCCAUCUGUUGGGCGAGUCUCCUACUUGCCAGAGCUUAAUUGCCGAUCUUUUACGCGAACCAUGGCGCACAAGCCGCCUGGCGGCGUCUGUGAGGACCGUGACAGUGGAUCGCCUUCUAGAUCGACGCGAAGUGAUCUCCAACAUUCUAGAUGUCGCUUUGUGGUACACCCGGUUUUUUUCUCGAAGCUGUAAUGGGGACUAUAUAUAACUCGGCGGCCGGGAGAUGGAGGCAGAGUACUGAAUACGGUAGAGUAGCAGAGCGGAGUGAAGUUAUAGUACAGCAAAUGGUGAUAUAAGAAUUAGUGAGACAUAAAUAGUGGUGUAUAUAAAUGUUUUAUCAAGUUAAAUAAAUUAGUGCAUUUCUUUUUGUGGAAUCCCGUGUUUUAAUCCACACCCAAAAGAUCCCAGAAAAACGCUACAAUACAUGCUGUGGUAUUAAUGUCCAAGGUUUAUAUCAGUUGUAUCUUUUGGUCGGAAAAAUUAAACAAUUUCACUUAGAAGUUAUUUAUGACUAAUUGAAGGAAGUGUUAUAAACCUUGACCACUGACCUUGACAUUUUCAUAGACCUGUAGGUACCUCCUAAAUAAAUUAUUUCAUAGCGUGUGUAUAGCGCUAAGCUUAAAGGCGGGAUCUACGCAAGUGCUAAAAAGAAAAUAAACAACUUCUAGGUUAAAUUUCCUAAUAAGUCUAGAGCCAUGCUGUAAUGAGUUUAUACCACGCAUCAGGCAGUAACUGAUUCAAAUUAAAUAAAAACUUGAAAGACUUAAAUACUAUUUCCUCUUAUAUUGACUACAAAUUAUUUCUACAAUUUUGGAAGAUAAUCAGUCAACGUUUAAUUAGAAAAACCUUUCAAAAUGAUUUACCAUUUAAUAAUAAAAUAAUUCCGUCCUAAUCGAACCUCAUCAGUCCAGUUUUUUAUUCGCCGACUAUGUGUUCCCUUCACUCUUGUUUAAAAACAAUUUCAGCAACAAUCUCGCCGACUUAGUAAGUAAAUAUUUUUGUCCUAAUUGUUAAUUGUUGCUAUUGUCAAUAAUUGUUUCCAGCUCCAGACGAUGAAGACAUAGAUCUUCGAAAUCUUGAGAGUUUAAGUUAUAAGAGUAUACUUUUGCAAUACUUUGCCUUCUACCCAAAGAAAUUAAAGGAUAUAUAACGGUAACCGUAACCCUUAGAUCAUUACGGUUGUUAAUAAGAAAAUCAAAUAGGCAAAAGUCAGUGAAAAAUUUCGAAAAAUUACAUUCGACUGAAAUAUCUCUGAACGAAUUUUCAUAUCGCAAUUUGGAGAUGAUUUUUGACUUCCUUGGAUGAGUUUACUUCGGAAUAGUCAUAUAUUAUGGGGUCUAAUCCUUUCCAAUGAUAGAGGUAGCGGAAAUGUGGAAAAGCUGCAAAAACAUUAAAAUUAACAUUUUUGCUGAACCGUCACAUUGAGCGCGCCUCCAGAACUAACCUAACCGCAAGGGAAAAAAUGAGCUUGGUCUGAGAUACGACGCGCCAAGCAAGGUCAGAGAGUUUCAGUUUUACCCCGUUUUUACCAUGUACUGUCUCACUGCAGAGUUAGGAUUUGUAAAUUGAAUAUUUCAAAAACCGAUUGAAAAGGGCGCACGUGGUGGCUUGCUGCAGAUUCACCGUUCGUGCGGAUUUGUCAGUCGCCAUGUCUCAGUGGUCAGGCACGGAUCGUGCAAACGCUAUCGAUGCGUUUUCAAGGGCGGAGAAUCGUACGUUACGGCUCCGCGGCAGGUUUGUUUACAUUACAAGACGUUUGCGGGAUGCACCAAGCGAAAACUUGAUUCGUAAAUAGGUGCAAAAGUUUCUAACUACACGAUCAGCCGAGGCCGGGCCCGAGCAAGACUCGAGAACUGAAGACGCAAUAAACGAAGUUGAUGCUAGUGUUCGUCGCAAUCCUCGUUUAUCGAUUGGCAAAAUAGCAGCAGUCUUAAACCUUACAACAAUAGAGCGGAUUUUGAAGAAGGAUUUGAAUGUCCAUCCCUACAAAAUUCAAAUUGUGCAGGCGAUAGCGGAAAAUGACCACAUUUUACGAAAUAACUUUGGCCAGCUUCAUUAAGAGAUUUCGCACAUUGGAUAUGGUGUUUUGGAGCUAUAAAGCAGAUUUCCAUCUAAAUGGUUAUGCAAACAAACAGAAUUGUCGCUUCUGGGCAUCUCAGAGUCCCAAAUAAAAACAUCAGAGACAUCUGCACAGCCCAAAAGUAACGGUAUGGUGUGCCCUCUCAGCGAACGAAAUUAUCGGGCCUUAUUUUUUUGAAGAUUGGAGAGGAAAGACAACUGUUACUGAUGAUAACAAGCUAUUUUAUAUCCAAGCUGCAAGAACAUCAUGCGUACAGUUGACGCAUGAAGUUUCAGCAAGAUAGAGCCCAUCGGAGCCACUACCCACACUGCAAGAGCAACAUGGACCAGCUUCGAAAGUUGUUCCCUUGAAAAUUAAUAUCCCGUUUUGGUGAUAUCGCAUGGCCUCCGCGAUCACCAGAUUUGUCCUCCAUGGACUUUUUCCUGUGGGGGUAUCUUAAGAGCAAAGUAUACGCCGGUAAUCCAACGACUAUCGCUGAGCUCAAAGAAAAUAUCCGCCAGGAAAUUAGGAACAUCGAACCUGCCUUGCUCUGGCGUGUCACGUAAAAUGAAAUGACGAGAUUCCACGAGUGCGUGCAACGUGUGAUGUAGGUCAUCUCGGCGACAUAAUUUUUAAAAAACGAUAUCCGCAUAUAUGGUAUUUCAAAUGAAAUAAAAAUAGUUUUGGUAGUCUGUAUCGUUUUAUUGUUAUUCAUUUUCAAAAUCCUAACUCUGCUGUGAGACACCCUUAUAUAAUAUGUUAGUUCUGAUGAUUAUGUAGUUUUUUAAGUAUAGAAAUAAUGGUUUAAAGUCAAAAGGCGAAAAUGUGGUUAAUACCAUAUAGAGUGAGGCCUGAUUAAUAAGAAUAUUUUGAUGAACCUUAUUUCAUGCACAUGUUUUAAUAGGUGCUAAUUUAUUACUCUAUCUGUAGUAUUGAUCAGAAUUAUUUGUGAUAGGUACCAUUUCCGUCCAUUUUUUUACUUUAUAUUAUGUAUGAUAAAUAUGGUGAAAAGGUUCAAUAAAAUGCUCAUAAUUGAAGGCGCCAAUUGGUUGAUUAUGGAUUUAUUUCAAUUUAACCCCCCCC